AUGGACAAAGAUCCUCAGGGACUGUUAGAUUCGUCUUUGAUGGCAUCUGGCACUGCCAGCCACUCAGAAGCUGAAGAGUCAUUGACUGGGCAGAAGUGAAGCUCUUCUCAGGCCUUGGGCACUAUUCCCAAACGGAGAAGUUCUUCCAGGUUCAUCAAAAGGAAGAAAUUUGAUGAUGAGUUGGUGGAGAGCAGCUUGGGGAAAUCAUCCAAGCAGGCCAAGGGCGCCACAGGAGUGGGACCACAGUGUUGUUCAAGGAGUGAGCCUUCUUCCAGUGAAAAGAAGAAGGUAUCCAAGGCAUUGAGCACACCAGUACCCCCCAGCCCAGGCCCCGCCCCUGGCCUCACUAAGCGCAUGAAGAAAAGCAAGCAGCCACUACAGGUGACCAAGGACCUGGGCCGAUGGAAGCCAGCAGACGAUCUCUUGCUCAUCAAUGCUGUGUUACAGACCAAUGAUCUGACAUCAGUCCACCUGGGUGUGAAGUUUAGCUGUCGCUUCACCCUUCGGGAGGUCCAGGAGCGCUGGUAUGCCCUGCUGUAUGAUCCUGUCAUCUCUAAGUUGGCCUGUCAGGCAAUGAGGCAGCUACACCCAGAGGCCAUUGCAGCCAUACAAAGUAAGGCUUUGUUCAGAAAAGCUGAGGAGCAGCUUCUGAGCAAGGUGGGAUCGGCCAGCCAGCCCUCCCUGGAGACCUUCCAAGACCUGCUGCACAGACACCCUGAUGCCUUCUACUUGUCCCGCACGGCCAAAGCCCUGCAGCGUCACUGGCAGCUCAUGAAGCAGUACUAUCUUCUUGAGGACCAGACAGUGCAGCCACUGCCAACUGGGGACCAAGUGCUGAAUUUCUCAGAUGUGGAGGAUCUGAUUGAUGACAGCAAACUCAAGGACAUGCGGGAUGAGGUGCUGGAGCACGAGCUAACAGUAGCUGACAGACGGCAGAAACGGAAGAUUCGGCAGCUGGAGCAAGAGCUGCACAAGUGGCAGGUGUUGAUGGACAGCAUCACAGGAAUGAGUUCUCCAGACUUUGAUAACCAGACCCUGGCCGUGCUGCGUGGACGCAUGGUGCGCUACCUGAUGCGUUCCAGGGAAAUUACCUUGGGCAGAGCUACCAAGGACAACCAGAUUGAUGUGGAUCUGUCCCUGGAGGGGCCAGCCUGGAAGAUCUCCCGAAAACAAGGUGUCAUCAAACUGAAGAAUAAUGGUGACUUUUUCCUUGCCAAUGAGGGCAAACGACCAAUCUACAUCGAUGGGAGACCUGUCCUCCAUGGCUCCAAACGGCGGCUCAACAACAACUCAGUGGUGGAGAUCGCCAGCCUGCGUUUUGUCUUCCUCAUCAACCAGGACCUCAUUACCCUCAUCCGGACCGAGGCCGCCAAGAUAACUCCACCGUGA